GGACCCCCGGGAGGGGUGGGCGCGGAGACGUGUCCCACCGAGACAAAGGCGCCCGGGAGGGCAAAGCCGCCCUCGCAGACAAAGCGGCAGCCGCCCGUCCCCGCCGCUGCGCUGCGCCGCCCCUCCGCGCUCUCCCGCGGGGGACCCCCCAAGCGAGGGGUUUCCACUGCUGGGGCUGACUGAGCCCUACUGGGAGAAGAGGAGGAGGAGGAGGAAGGGGAGUGGGGGAGCGGCUGUGCCGUGGGCAGGAGGGAAACCGCUCUCCGAGCGUGAACUGAGCUCAGCACCGCCGCCUGCCUCGCCUCGCCUCCCCGUCCCUCCCUCCUCCCCUCCUCCCCCCCGCCUCCCCCCGCCGCAGACGGCUGCGAGCCCGGAUGGUUUGCGAGCGGAGUUGAGGGGGCAAACUUUGAAGCCCAGAUGCCUCUGGGGCUGCGCGGCAGAGCGCGGUUGCUCCUGCAGGCACCUGCCGCCGCCCUCCCCCCGGCGCUGCCGCCCUCCGCGGGGGCGGUUGGCCCCGCUGCCGGCGGCCGCCGAGGCGGCGGGCGCUGCGGCCGCGGCUAGGGCGGGCAGGCGGGCGGGCGGGCGGCGGGCGCGCCCCCAUGCGGGUCCCGGGCUGGGGCGCGCCGGCGGCGGCAGGCGGGAGCCGGGCGGCGGCCGGGCGGUGCUCUCCCGCCGCCUGAGUGGGCGCGGCGCGGCGCGGGACGGCGGCGCGGGGUGCCGGGAGCCAUGGGCUAUUGCAGCGGCCGGUGCACGCUGGUGGCGGUGUGCGGCGCGCAGCUGGUUUCUGUGCUCGAGAGGCAGAUAUUUGACUUCCUUGGUUAUCAGUGGGCACCCAUCCUGGCAAAUUUUAUACACAUUAUUAUAGUCAUACUUGGCUUAUUUGGAACCAUCCAGUAUAGACCUCGUUACAUAACAGGAUAUGCUGUCUGGCUGGUCCUUUGGGUUACAUGGAACGUGUUUGUUAUCUGCUUCUAUUUGGAGGCUGGGGACCUUUCAAAGGAAACAGAUCUCAUUCUGACCUUUAAUAUCUCAAUGCAUCGUUCUUGGUGGAUGGAGAAUGGGCCGGGCUGCACCGUGACCUCAGUAACCCCAGCCCCAGACUGGGCACCAGAGGAUCAUCGUUAUAUCACUGUCUCGGGGUGUUUUCUUGAAUAUCAGUACAUAGAAGUGGCUCACAGUUCUCUUCAGAUCUUCCUUGCACUGGCGGGCUUCAUCUAUGCCUGUUAUGUUGUGAAAUGUAUUACUGAAGAAGAGGACAGCUUUGAUUUCAUAGGUGGAUUUGACUCUUAUGGCUAUCAAGGUCCACAGAAGACAUCUCAUUUACAGCUACAGCCCAUGUAUAUGUCAAAGUAAACAUGAGGACUACUCAACAUGGGCUGGAGGACCUGUCAAAGAAACUGUUUCAGGAUGGCCCCCUGGUUCUUCAAAGAGCAAAAAAAUUCCAGUUUUUGUGCUAAAAACAAACAAACAUACAAGCCCAACAACAAAGAGCUGAUUGAACAGUGAAACAAAAAACAAAGGACACCUUCAGCCCCUCUUUCUAACAGGUACUAAGGGAGAUGCCCUGGACCCCCACCUUGGACCUCCCGCCUCCCAGCACCAGAGGGCCAGAGCAGAGGCAUUGGUGCCAUCUUCCGGCUCUUCCCCACCCUGGCCACCGCCAGCGUGGCUCAUCUGGAUUACGACAUGAACCCAGCCGAUUCGGUGCUUUCAGAGCCCCCUCCGCACUCCUGGCCGCGUCGAGUCUCCUUAGUCAACACAACAUUACAAAUACCAGGAUGACCUUGCAGCAGAAGUCAACAGACAGCGCGUUGUUUGCCCUGAAGGCUGUACAGUUCAUACUUGCCUUAACCCAACCGCAUUGCACAUCAGAGAAACUCAGUGCAAGCUUUCUGAAGUAACGUCCUUUAGGCUCGACAUGCUGCUGUUAAUACUGAACAAUUUCUAAGUCAGUGGUUUUCUUCUGUUUGGUUUUGGUUUGUUUUCGUGUCAGGGAAUAAGGUUCUGUUGCUCCACGGCCCCAGAGCAACUGAGUAGAAAACUGCCAGCUGUCUGAGAAGUGCUUUACUUUUGAGGCUCCACAGUGGUCAAGAAACAAACAAUUUAUAAUGGUUAAAAAAAAAAAAAAAAAAAAAAAGGAGAGAGACCUUUUGGGGGUCGGGGUGGGGAAAGGGGUAACACAAACUAAUAGUUGAACCUACUGGAAAUAAGCAGCAGAAACAGUGCUUCUUAAUCCCGCUGUUUUUAUUUAUCACACUGUAGGUGCUUUUAUAGCUAUCUCUAAAUGUCUUUUACUAACUACAGAGACAUCUGCAGAUUUCUAUCAACAAAGGCCAACUGAAUAUGUACUAGCUACAUUUACUCUUUUAUAUCUAAUUUCAACUGAAAAUUCUCUGUAAGUGAGCUUUUUUUUCCUAAUUGCACCAUAAGGGAUCCAUAUAUUUUAUUUUUUUGUUUCAGUUGGGGAGGGCGGGGAGGGACUACUUGAGUUGAAGAAAUAUUGGAGACCUUUUUGUGGUAUAUUUGGGGGAUCUGUUGUGUGUUAGAACGUGUAUUUUAUCUUCCUGUAUUAUUGUGGCUGAAAAAAAAAACUGUGCUGUUACGUAGUUGGCAACAAGAUGCCUUUGGGAAUUUUGCUAGUAGGUCAAUGUGUAUAUGAAAUACUCUGAACUCCUAGGAACAUAUGUUUUGUUCUACAUCUGAUCUGUAUUUUCAAGCACUUGGGUGGCUUUCAUUAGGAAAACCCCAAUAUUUUGCUCAGGCUUUUCAGAAACUUGGAUUGUCAUUGUUUCUUUGCUCAGACCCUGCGUAGGCAAACGCACGCACCUACCACACCUGAGGUGACCACGUAGCUUUUGAGGGCAAGAGGGAAGGUCAGCGCUUGGAAAGGCUCAAGCUGCCCCCGAGCACCUCCCUUUUCCUUGCUGGGCAAACCCUGGCGCCCGCGCGGCUCCUGAGCUCCCACGGCCUCUGCGCUCACGCCACUCAUCCAUCCCUGUACAAACCAGUGCCCUGUGCUGUGUCUGCAUGGAUGUACAGUGUCACAAGCAACAACUCUGGACAAUGACAGAGGAACAGGCAUUCACUAGUGAAAAUAAGAUACGGGACAUGUUCAGGAACUAUACUUACAUUUAUUCAGUGAGAUUUUUUUAUAUAUAUAUAUAUAUAUAUAUGUAAGUGCGUGUGUGUGUGUAUGUCUAUAUAUAUAAAAUACACAGGAGUAACUCUUGACAGGGGCUGCAUUACCCAGGAAGUAUCCGAUGCACAGGGCCAAGGGCUCCAGCCCCAGAGCCCGUUAGGGAUUUCCUGCGUGAAUUAGGCACGUCCCCUAGGCCCAAUCCCGUAAAGCAUUCAUUGAUGAUUUGGAUCUCAAAUUUAGUUUUUCAGACUUGGGUACCUGAAAUUCUGAGUUCAUUCUGGGUAGAGCUGCUUUUCACCCCCUGGAAAGUCAUGCGACUUCCAAGUGCCAGGCUGAAAUUUCCCAUAACUUAAAAAAUUUCGACUGUUUCUGCUUUUAUGUAGUAUUAAAUAUAGCAGACGCAUAGCAUUAAACACGAUGUAGAGGUUUAACUGGGAUGAAAAUGUCCUAACAGGGUAUUUUAGCUUUCCCUGUAUAACAGUUAAUCAAAAUCAUAUUUCUAUAAAAAUAAUUUUUUAAUGUGAAAAGAAACCAGUUUAGGCACCUAAGCAGCGAUCCAAUUUUCAGAAGAUAAUUUUUCAUACCUUUCAGUGAUUUCCCACAGAACAGCUGCUACUGGUAGUUAGCAAUGUUAGAAGUCAGACAAUUUAAUGAAGUGUCUACACGUAGCUUUUAGGCCUGAUAUUAAUUUAGAAAAUGUUGGCCUUAAUUUCUGUGUGUCUUAGUCUUCCCAUCUAUAAAACGGGAAUAAUAUGUGCCUCACAGGCUUUUUGUGAGGGCUGAAUUGUUAACGUUUGUAAAGUGCUUAGGAAAUAGGAAGCACAUCUAAGUAUUAAGGAUUAAAAUAUAAAUGCGUAUUCAUAUGUUACAUAUAGAGUAGAUAUACACACACUCACAUACUCACAGUAUACAUAUAUACACACAUACAUACCUAUAUGAAGUUGGUAUUCAUAACCCUGCUUACGUUGCAGUUAGAGCACCACCAUUAAAAAGAAAUUAGGACUGUUGACUACUAAACUAAAUGAUUAGUGGACAGAUCUCUUCCGGAAGCAGUUUAGAGCACAGUAAUGUGAGAAUAUCUGGAUGACAUUUUUGAUUUGUACAGCUGUAUCCUCCUCAAAAUCCAGUAAAGAAUGUUAUUUUUCUAGGCUGGGCUUUUGUUAUAAACUUAAAUAUUCAGAAGGCAAGAGAUACAAUCCAAAUGUGUCUUUUUUCUUUUCUUUUUGGCAUUUGUUAAUUCUGAAUGUAUUUUUAACAAAAGUGAUUUUUUUGACUUACUAGUGUAAUUUGCAUUUUAAAAAAAAUAAAUGGAAAAAAUAUAGGUUUCCAAGCUAUUCAUGGCCCCCUGAUGCUAUUCAUAACUUACAGGAAACUCAGAAUUACUGAGCAACAAUGCAGGAUAAAGAAUCCUAUUACAUUUACAUGAUGACAAUCCCUAUCUGUGCAGCGCAUGGAUGUGACAGCACUGAAUAGAAAUUGCCAGGUCAUGACACCAUUUUAACUCUGUCAUAGGUAGCAGGUAUUUUCAUUAUCACUGACACUAAAAGAUUUCUUUUACAAGGCUGACUGCAAUAGACUCUUCACUUAGAAAACGGGGAUUUUUUUGCCCACUCAUCAGGAAUUUUUAGCCUAUGAUAGGUUUACAGUUGCCAAUGGUGUUAAGUAUUGCAAAAGUAAUCCUUGUUAAGAGGGAGCUAUGUAACAUGGAUAUUUCCACUGCAUUAAUUUUCUUUUAUAUGCUGUUCAUUGUCCCUACACUGAAAUGAUGAAAUCCUGUCUUAGGAAGCGUCUUUAUAGAGCUCACAUACAUUGACAAUUUGCCUGAGGUCAUUUAAUAAAGGCGGAGCAGAACGGUAUACA